AUGGAUGAAUUUAAAGCCACUCGUUCUAAGCAUUUCCAACCCAAAAUGCAGUAUACUCAAUUUUUUGUUCAAGCUUUUGCUUUCCUUGCGUUAAAUAAAAUAUGUUAUUCCGCUGAAGCAUCAAAACCUAAAUAUUUAUCAAUUGAGGGAUUUCAAAACUGUACUGGGAGCAAGACAAUUGGCACGUACCAAAUUUAUUGUCUUCCUGAGAUACAAAAUGGAUCUUGUACUAACUCUUCUUGGGAGGCGCUUCAUAAACUAAAUAGCAGUGAUUCAUUGCAACCAUGCGAAGACAAUGGAAAUACUAUUAGUAACUAAAAUCCUAAAUUAAAAAAUUUUUCAAUUAAAAGGUUAUGAUACAACUACAAUAAACGCUAGCACAGACAAUGGAAAUGAAGACACGACUGUAACAAUGAAGAUGAUAAUGACAAGGAAAAGAAAGGUGUUAAAGAAUUCAAAAAAUUGUUGAAAAAACUUGGCGGACUUCUCAGCAAGCUUGGCCAUCUUUUGGGAGUUAGUUCAAAGGAUAAUGUAGGGGAAGAUUCGUGA